AUGUCUGUCUCGGCAUCAACACAACGGUCAUUUCAGGGCGAGUUCGCCAGCAAUAGUAACGGUCUGUUCCAGACAAAUACCUCGCCCCUCCAAUAUAAGCACACGACACCGCCACAACACCACCAACAACAGCAACAGCACCGACACAAUAUCCCCUCUCACCCACAGCAGCGGACUCAGGUCUCCACAAAAGCUCUCGCUCUCACAUCGACUACAACAAAGGGUACACCCCCACCCCCUUUGAUGGGCUCCGCCAUUGUCCUCGUUAACGACUCGGCCCUCCACUGCUUUGGUGGCCGGCUCGAGAACCGUGACUUGACAAAUGUUCACUAUGUUCUUGACGUCGAGACCGGGUUCUGGGAUACCCUCCACGACGUCUCGUCGGAGAACAACUUUGCCGACCCUGAAAUCGAGGGUGGGAGCGACCCCUCUGCGAUGCUGUCGCUCUCGUUGACGACAGAUCCGGUUGAGGAGACUCACGCCGGCACACUUUCGGAUCCCAUCUCGGUCCCACCCAGUCCUCGGUACUUUCACACGCUCAAUGCCUUUGGUACGUCAUUGAUUCUCUUUGGCGGCAUGGGCAAGGUCUACAACGGCAGCAAUGACGGAAGCGACAGCAACGGCGGCGCAAACGACAAGAAGCAGGAGAGCGGCGAGGACGACGGGAGCCAAGACGUCAUGGCUGCAUUAAAUGAUCUUCAUGUCUUCGAUAUUGUUACUCAGCGCUGGCAACAGAAACACCCUCAGGUCAAUGCGCACUCUCCCAAACCCCGCUGGGCCCAUAUGGCAACGAUUUUGGACCACUAUCUGGUCGUCAUUGGAGGUACGGAUACGGCUAAGGCCUAUGUCGAGGAUGCCUGUGUCUUAGACCUCCACACCUGGGAGUGGGUCUCCUCUAUCCAGUCCAUUGGCCAGUGCGGCUCCUACCGAACCAUUGCCGCCACUGGACCCGGCAAGCAAUCGGCCAGCUCUGUCGCCCCAGCGUCACCCUCUUUCCCCUCGGCGACCGCAUCUUCUCCACAGACAUCGGCCAACCUCUCCUGGCCCUCGACGGACUCGGGUCCCAUUGAUACGAUGGCGAGUAUCUCGAUGGUGCUCAGUGGCCGCAUCUCCGCACCAAGCUCGACAACAGCUUCCUCGAGAGGAGAUGAUACACCGGACGGAGGCUCUGAUGAGCAACAACAGCCCCCAACCAAACGCAAAAAUUCGGAGAGACUGAUGAGUGGCGAACUUACACCGGCGUUCAGGACUGGUCGGGAUGUGCCGUCGAUUUAUCUUUAUUCAAACUAUGAUUUCAAGAACCUUCAGCGGGACUUCAAGGUCAUCACCCCACACUACACCCACCCGGCCAUCGCCAUGGAUGGGCCUUCUUCCACGCCUGCCUCCACCCCGGCGCCUCCUCCAUCCUUCUCAUUGGUCGAAAAGACCCAGGCACUGGCCAUGAUGGGUCACGAGCUCCCACCCGGCCUUCGCUUCCCUCAAGGACACGUAUACCAGAACCAGCUGAUCCUCACAGGCACCCUAAUCCUGCCCGGCAAAAAACCCACUCUGGCCAUCUACGCCUUCAACCUCACCCAUUACAAGUGGGAGCAGCUCUCGACCGACAACCUCCUCGAGACGGGUUCCUGGAGCCGCACUUUGCUCCACCCUGCCACAGGAACGCUGUUCAUCUUUGGUAACCAAGCGUCCAACGCCGACGAGGACUAUGCCAACCGUCUCCAGCACCACAAUCACAUCAUGAUGGUCAACUUGCAGGCCUACGGCCUGUACGAGCGACCCAUCCCUUCGUUCUCGAAAGAAGCACAAGAUCUUGGAUUGGAGCUGUUGUCAAGACCCAGCUUGAGCGACAUGCAAGUCUGCUCGGCAGCUGGUACUCUCUUUGGAGCCAACUCGACUGUGCUUGCUGCUCGUUGGCCCGAGUUCUCGACCAUGCUGUUGUCUCCCCCUUAUGUGACACCUUUGGUCUUGAUCUUGCCCGUCCCCGACGACGUGGUACCACUCUUCCUACAGUACCUCUACACCGGCAGUCUCCCCACAACCAUCUCGGCUGGUAUGGCCGACUAUCUGUUGAUCCUUGCUCGGCGCUACGAGCUCAACGGUCUCUAUGCGCUCACCAUGGAUAUCUUGCACCAAUUGGUCCACAUGAACCCCAUCCGCAUCUACAGCACAGCGUUGAUGGCUGGUGAACUCGGUCUUCAGGCAAGAGCUAUCGGAUUGGCCGUUCAGACUCUCCCAGCUGCCACGGAACCCAGGGAACUUCCACCUGUUCCCGCGGGUAUUGUUCGGUCCAACAGCCUGCGUGCCCCUCCACCUCCAUCCACCAAGGUGCCUUACCCACCUACCCAGCACCGACGUGCCGCCUCCCGAGACAGUAUCAGCACUGAUGGAGGCCACGUCCGUGACAACCUUCUGCAGCAAUACAACGGCGGUCAACGAUUGAUGCCCUCGAUGAUUCAGGAAGUCGACGAGACGGGGCAGCAGCAGCACCAGCCCUUGUUCCUUUCCUCGCCCAGUGGCAAUUCUCUCCUGCGACCUACCCGAGCAGCACCCUUGCCACCAAGUCAUCAUCAAGGAGCAGGAGGCGCAUAUCAGAAUCAACCUAUUUCUCCUCUCGGUUCACCGACAUACCCCCAAGGUGGAUCUCAAUACCAGACCGCCUACCCAUCACCACUGUCACCGUCCUUCCAACAACACCUCUUCACAUCCCAGCCUAUCUAUGACGACUACCAGCUGGACGACCGGACACUCCAGGCCAAGAAACGACUCCAGAUGCAGAUGCAGUACGAUAUGGAACAACAAGUCCACCAGCACCAGAUGGCCCAACAGGAGUACAUCCAACAACAGCAGCACCAACUAGAGCAGGAACACAUGCGUGGCCAAGAGAUGCUCAUGCUCGAACAACACCGGCUCCAACACCAGCGGUACCUCCAAAAGCAACAACAACUCCGUGGAGAUGUACUCCCAAGUGCCGCCGUCGUCUCUGGAGCAUUGGAUUAUCACUUUGGGGGAGCCAAGGCGCCCGCACCGUCCAAGAUCCGUGGGAACACCGAGGGGUCGGUUGUGGAGAGUGUCCAGUCUGGAAGCAGUGGUGGUAGUAGUGGGAAUCAAAAGAAGACCGAGAAGGAGAAGAAGAAUAUGAAGAAUAAGAUGAAGCCGCCUAAACCAACGUUGAGCGGUGCCGAUCUUAUGAAGAGCGCAGGAUUCUAG